AUGAUCAAAUCAUCAAGAACUUCUUUAUUAAGAGCCUCUAGAUUUAUUACUAGGCCAAACAAUGCUUCAGCCUUUAUUGGCUCGAUCAGAACUAAAUAUUCCUUGCCCACGUUGGACUAUGAGUUGGAUGCAUUAGAACCACACAUCAGUGGCCAAAUCAACGAUCUUCACUAUAACAAACAUCACAAGACCUAUGUUGACAAUUUAAACAAAUCAAUCGAGGCAGCUGUUGAAGCCAAGUCGAAAGGCGAGAUUAAGAAGUUGAUUGCUUUACAAAAAGCGCUUAAUUUCAACGGUGGGGGAUACGUUAACCAUUGUUUGUGGUGGAAAAACUUGGCUCCUCAAAGUGCUGGUGGUGGUCACAAACCAAGCGACGACUCGCCAUUGGGUAAACAGAUUAUCAAACAGUUUGGUUCAGUAGAUAAAUUGAUUGAAAUCACUAACGGAAAAUUGGCAGGAAUUCAAGGUUCAGGAUGGGCGUUUAUUGUUAAGAAUAAGGAAAAUGGCGGUGCCAUUGAAGUUAUCACUACUGCUAAUCAAGAUACUGUAUCUGAUGUUAAUUUGGUUCCGUUGAUUGCAAUUGAUGCUUGGGAACAUGCUUACUACUUACAAUACCAAAAUGUGAAAGCAGAUUACUUUAAAGCGCUUUGGAAUGUCAUCAAUUGGAAAGAAGCUGAAAGAAGAUUCGAGUUUUAA